AUGGGAGGACUCUGGCGUGGGGCAUGGAGGCGCGUUACCUUCUGUGGCUGGCGCUGGAGUCACCCUGGGUCCCCGACCAAGGUUGCCGAGAGCGCAGAAUCGUUUCUCAGGCUGGGAAGGAGUGGGACAGGAAGUGCUGAGAGGGGGCUGAGGCGGCUUGGGACAUGGAGGCGCCCGAACCCGGGCCCAGACCUGGCCCUGCAGCCGCCACGGCGGCCAAAGAGCACGAACCCUUUCACACGCGCGCAGGAGGAGGACUGGCGGCGUCGGAACAAGACGGUCCUCACGUACGUCGCCGCCGCCGCCGUGGGCAUGGUGGGGGCGUCGUACGCCGCCGUGCCCCUUUAUCGGCUCUAUUGCCAGACUACUGGUCUUGGAGGAUCAGCAGUAGCAGGUCAUGCAUCAGACCAGAUUGAAAACAUGGUGCCUGUUAAGGAUCGAAUUAUUAAAGUCACCUUUAAUGCAGAUGUGCAUGCAAGUCUCCAGUGGAAUUUUAGACCGCAGCAAACAGAAAUAUAUGUAGUGCCAGGAGAGACUGCACUGGCGUUUUAUAAAGCUAAGAAUCCUACAGACAAACCAGUAGUUGGAAUUUCUACAUACAAUGUUGUACCAUUUGAAGCUGGACAGUAUUUCAAUAAAAUACAGUGCUUCUGUUUUGAGGAACAAAGGCUUAAUCCACAAGAAGAAGUUGAUAUGCCAGUGUUUUUCUACAUUGAUCCUGAAUUUGCUGAAGAUCCAAGAAUGGUGAAUGUUGAUCUCAUCACUCUUUCCUACACUUUUUUUGAAGCAAAGGAGGGACAGCAGUUGCCAGUUCCAGGCUAUAAUUGAAGUCAGCACCUAAGUCCUGCUUCAGAUUUGUGAUUUUUGAAAAAUCAUGUAUCUACUCUUCUCAGGGGAGAAAUAUCCUACAGUAAUGUGAAGCUAUUUUAAAUAUUAUUUAAUGCUGUAUUUUUUUUUCUCAACUAAUUUACUCUACUUAAAAUUGAACGGUUUCUAUCAUAAGGAAUCCACAUGCCUAUUUGAAUGUAUGACUAUUCAAAGCCAUAGAGUAAUACAAGUAAUACUAAAAGUAAUAUUGAUAAGUAAUAAUAAGAGAAACUCCUGUUUCUUAAAUAUGUAGGCAUGGACUUGAUGGUUCAGAUUAAUUCUAUUUGCUCCCCUUACAGAUUAUUAGCCCUUCAUACUUGUAGCAGUGAAUAUUUUUGUUAUUCCUAGGGUUAUCUAUUUUAGGCUCCAGGUCUUCUGCCCAUUUUUAUUAUUUCUAAAAUAGUCGGGUUACUACUUUUUUCUUUUAUUGUGAAUAGUCACUACUUUAAAAGCUCACGAUGGAAGAAGAAUCACUGAGCCCUAACAGCUUGCCUAGAGGUAACAUACUGACUUCAGAUUUGACUGUUUGUCCUUUAGGCCCUAGGGCUAUUUUAUAUUCUGAGAUUUUGGCAUCAUGAAAUGAAAUAAAAUGCACAAAUAUAUUAACUAGGAUCAUAGCAUUUCCUUUGAUAGUUCAAGUCCCUGAAUGUUAUAAGUGUGGAAUUGUGAAGACUCAUAUCAGAAGUUCUAUGAAUAAACUCUGUUUAAAAAAAAAAAAAGACGUAUUGUUUUAAUAGGAAUCUGUCAUUGUAAUUUAUGACAUAAAUGAAUGCACAAUUUAUUCUAAAUAUUUUCUAGUAGUGUUUGUUCCAAAUAGAGGUCAUCCAGUAUUACAAAGAAUUGUAUUUAAAGGCAACUUCAAUAAAGAGUCCAGUGACCUUUUCAAGGUAUCUGAAAUGUAAACUACAAUCAUGAAGGCUUUUACAAGUUAUAAUUCUAAACAAGUAUUAUUUAUAAAAAGUACAAAUUGACUUUUACAUUCAACUUAGUUAAAUGAAGGCACUCAAUAGUCUUCAUAAUUAUUUUGUAAUAAAAUAAUCUUCAUCUACUCUUAUCACAGCUGUGUGAGGAUUUCUUUUCUAAAAGUAGGAAGCCCUGUGAAACUGAAGCUGCUGUCAUUAAACUAGUUGGCCUCAGUACAAUGGAUUUUUCUUCUAUUGAAGUUUUAAGUGAAUAUAUGAUACAACCAAGUUCUUUUGAGAUAAAGUUUAAACUGUGGUCUGGAAGCAUAAAUAUUCCUGUGGAAUUCUUACUCUUCUGUGAAGCUUCAUUACUGCAGAGGAGAAAUGUUCCACUAAGCUUCUGAUGUACUGGUAGGUCUUGUCUUCUGGGCCUCAAAGUUUCACAGGGUCUACCUUUUAGAGAAUUGGCACCUUUAAUGUAGUUAGUGAGCUGGUCAUCCGCCUUCCCCUAGAAUAGAAAGAAUAUAGCCGCCCUUCAACCUUUCCUUUUCUUUCCCCAUUCCUACAUAACAAGAGAGUUACAAUCUAAUGCAGAAAGGUAGGCAUGUACUACUUCAAUGGGGGUAGGUGUGAAGGGAAUAAAUAAGGUUAAUGGGUUACUGAUGGCCAUGCAUUCAUUAGUAAAUAAAAUAGGAUGACUGAUAUAACAAAUAGGAAGAAUCCAGGCCUAUCUGGAUGAGUAAUGAGUGGGUUUCACCAGUUAGUAGAUACUAACUAUGUAAAAAACAAAGGUCUAUUUCAGUGCUUAAGAA